AUGCUCCUCUCUGUUCUUCUCAUAUUCUCGGCUUUCGCUACCGUUGCCGUCGAUGCCGGAUGCUAUCAACGCCGAAUGUGUUGUGCCGGUCGGAACACCACUUGCAAGACCUUGUUGAUCGGAAAUCAAGCAUUUAGAGAUGAAUCCAUUCUGGGCGUCAGGAACAUCGGCAUCGAAAUAUUCUUCUUCAGACAUAAAUCGUCAUCUGAAGCUGGACCGUUUUCUUCCUAUCACACACCCUACUACGAGGCAUCCGGCGACGGCUAUGACCUCAUAUAUCCAGAUGUCUACGAAGAUCAACAUCACCAACGAAUUGGCAAAAUCGUUUUCCCGGAUAUCGUCGAGUUGGAAGGAUCUGGUGCUGAAGAUCUCUACACCAAAUAUGUGCAAGACAAGGCGAGUCGCGAGAAGGCAAUUCGUGUCCCAAAGACUCGUCGCCACAAAAAGAAGACGUCACCAGCUCGAAAGAUCACACAUUUUCUUUUUGGCUACCCAGAAGGCCCUGAAGAACCACCAGAGGAAAUUCUACGGUAUACGUCGAGACCGAAGCAUCUUUUGAUAGCGGUGUGUUGGUGCCUGUUUUGUGGGCUGUUACAAUAA